CAUAUAUUGAAGCAUACGUGCGCAGUAUGGAGCGGCGCGAAAGUCAUGGUGCCCUCCGCCUGGGCCCUCGGGACCUUCAUGUGUUGAUUCAACAAAGCCGCAAGCCUGGGCCUCUGUCUGACUGCGGGUCUGCGUUGCUGCUGAAAUCCCACCUGAUUGAGAGCUUCUGCGAGCUUCAUAAUCUUGCCCUCCGCUACUUUCCCCAAGACAAUCGAUUCAAAGAGGCUCUGAGCUCUGCUCACUUACAUACAUGGCUUCGGAGUCCUACGAAUGUGAUCGAUACCUGGCGCAAUUGUAAACCAGCAGAUUCUGACACCGAUGACGGCCCUCGCACAGCUAUGCGGUUGACGUGGUUGGCACUACCGCUGACCCCUGAGUAUCUGCUCCAGGCGUAUCGUUUCAGGCAGCUGGCUUUGCGACUGCAAGGUUACGUGAUGUGGGAUGCAGCUCGCCUCCAAGGAUCGCAAGAAUUCACAAUACAACAUGUCGACCCACAAAUGCUCGUGUCGAUGGACGAGAAUCUCCUGCCGUGUUUUUACCACGUUGAAGAGGACGAUGUGUACACCAUGGGGUUUUCUGUGAAGUGCAAGAAGUUGCUCGCUCAAGAUGGCCACAGCGGAUUCUUCAACAUGUCACUCUUUGAGAUUACAGAGCAUGAGGAUGAAGCAGACUUCUGUCGACUUGGCUACGCAAUGCAGUUUCUUGGAAGAUGGACCUAUGCUUACGAAUGGUUGCGCGAAGUGUGAUUAUAUCCAUGAAGGUAUCUAAUGGGGUGCCAGAGGCACCUCCGAGACGCAAACAUGCUGGCUGGACAACAACAAGAAGCGGAGUGAAAUGGGACAUCUUUGGCUUGGAACAGAUUGCGGUCAACAUGCGCUUGUUGAUAAAGGAGAAGCGCGCAAAACAACGAGAUCAGAUACUGCCGCAUG